AUGCUGUCAUCGAUGAUUUCGAGCUUUGCGCCGGCAGCUCUGCUGCUCUUUGGGGCUGCCGAUGCGGCGUACUCUAUAGAGACAAGAGAAGACAUCUUGACCUCUGCCAGCACUCUCGCAUAUGAUCUCAUGAAGUUUUAUAAAGGAAAUCAGACCGGCGAAAUCCCCGGAAUCUUACCAGGACCACCAGACGAUGGCAAAGGCGAUUACUACUGGUGGCAGGGAGGAGCAAUGAUGGGAACGUACAUCGAUUAUUGGUAUUACACAGGCGACGAGAGUUACAACCACGUAGUGACGGAGGGAAUGCUGCACCAAGUCGGACCUGGCCGCGAUUAUAUGCCUCCCAACCACACUGCCUCGCUCGGCAACGACGACCAAGGAUUCUGGGGCAUGUCAGCCAUGCUGGCAGCCGAGAACAAAUUCCCCGAUCCUCCCCCAGACCAGCCUCAGUGGCUCGCCCUGGCCCAGGCCGUAUGGACGACACAGGCCAGCCCAGACCGUCACGACGAGACUUGCGGCGGUGGCUUGCGCUGGCAGGUUCCACCGACGAACACGGGCUACGAUUAUAAGAACACGAUCUCCAACGGUAUUUUCUUCAACAUGGGUGCUCGUCUGGCGCGGUACACAAACAAUGCCACAUACGCCCGCUUCGCGGAGGAAACCUGGGACUGGCUGUGGGCUGUGAACUUCAUCGACAAUGAGAAUUACAGGGUGUAUGAUGGUGGCCACGUCCCCAAGAACUGCACCAACGUCUUUAAGGCUACCUUUUCGUACAACAUCGCUGUUGUCAUGCAGGGCUGUGCAUUCAUGGCCAACCACACUGGAGAGCAAAAAUGGUUCGACCGCACCGAGAAACUAGUUCAAGUUGCCAUCGAGGACUUCUUCGCCGACGGUGCCGCAUACGAAAUCGCCUGCGAAGUCGACCACGGACGCUGCUCGCAAGAUAUGUUGAGCUUCAAGGGUUACCUCCACCGAUGGAUGGCUGUUGUUGCUCAACUUGUACCUUCGACUCGAGAGCUCAUCCGGCCCGUCCUUCUCAACUCGACACAGUCUGCCAUUAAACAGUGCACAGGAGGCGCAUCAGGACGGGUCUGUGGCUUCUACUGGACAAGCGGCCAAUUUGUUGAUCCAGCAGUCGAUAAGACCAGUGGCGCUGGUGAGGCGAUGAACGUGCUCGGCGCUGUGCUGAGUAUCAUGGAACCCAAGCCGCCGGUUACGAACACGACGGGUGGUACAUCUCAGGGAGACCCGAACGCUGGCAUGAACUCUCACCCGUAUCGGGAAUUCGCGCCGAUUACCACCGGCGACAAGGCUGGGGCUAGUAUUCUCACUAUCGUAGUCCUCCUGAGCGCUAUCGGCAUCUGGGGCUGGAUGAGCGUGGGUGUUUCGGAGUGGAACGAGACCAAGGGCAAGGGUCCGUCGAAGCCAGAGGUUGCGGAGGUGACGACGUCGAAGGAGAGCGUGUCCCCCGCUACGUAUAAAUAG